AUAACCCUCCUAGUAAUGUCCCUCCCUUUACCGUGCUCUGUUGCUCUUGUAUCAUUUGGUCGGUGCCUUACCGAGAAGAAGUCGACGGGAUCUGGGCGGGACCGAAUCGCCUCGACUGCUUGCUCUUCAUUACUCUGAAAUCUCCAUGAUCCACCUGGACGUGCGCUUGAUAGCUCAGGUUUCCCAAUUACUCCCCCAACUGCCACUGGUCAGCCAAACAGUAGUCCCGCCCCAAAAUCUCUUGUGGCCUGUAGUACAAAGUGGGUUUAACCAUCUGUCCAGAAAAGGUGACUAUGAGGACUGAGACAGGGCCUGGGACUGAGGUGCCACCCCAACAUAAGGGUACUGAAGUUACCAUUACAGAGUCAGCCUCAGAUGGUAAAAUGGCGAAAGAGGAUAUCAAGCCUCAUGACGAUUCUAGAGAUGUACAAGAUGCAUCAGACAGAACAACAUCUGACAAGAGCCCAAGAUCCCCUCAGAAAGGCUCCAAAUGCUCCAAGACUGUUCCCUUUAAAGUCACACUUUUGGAUAGAUCUAUUUAUGAAGAGAACAUUGAGAAACAGUGUAAGGGGCAGGUUCUCCUGGAUCUGGUGUGUGAACAUCUAAACUUGUUGGAGAAGGACUAUUUCGGCUUGACCUUCAGUGAUUCUGACAGCCAAAAGAACUGGCUGGACCUGUCCAAAGAGAUCAAGAAACAGAUGAGAACGUCUUCUUGGCAUUUUAAUUUUGCUGUCAAGUUUUAUCCACCAGACCCCUCCCAGUUAAUGGAAGACAUUACAAGGUACUACCUGUGUUUGCAGCUGCGAAAUGACAUCCUCUCUGGCUGUCUGCCCUGUUCCUUUGUCACACAUGCUCUGCUGGGCUCCUACACCGUGCAGGCGGAACUGGGAGACUUUGACAAAGAUGACCAUGGCUCCGACUACGUUAGUGACUUCUGCUUUGCCCCCAACCAAACUCGCGAACUGGAGGAGAGGGUGAUGGAACUACAUAGAACUUACAGGGGAAUGACACCUGCUGAGGCGGAAAUGAACUUCGUGGAAAAUGCAAAGAAACUUUCCAUGUAUGGUGUCGACCUGCAUCAUGCUAAGGAUUCUGAAGGGAUUGAUAUCAUGCUGGGCAUCUGUGCCAAUGGUCUAUUGAUUUACCGUGACAGGCUGAGAAUCAAUCGAUUUGCCUGGCCAAAAAUCCUCAAGAUCUCCUACAAAAGGAGUAAUUUCUACAUCAAGAUCCGUCCUGGAGAGUAUGAGCAAUUUGAGAGCACCAUUGGUUUCAAGCUUUCUAACCACAGAGGCGCCAAGAGGCUAUGGAAAGUUUGCAUCGAACACCACACCUUUUUCAGGCUAGUGUCUUCUGAGCCACCACCAAAGGGCUUUCUGGUGAUGGGUUCAAAGUUCAGAUACAGUGGAAGGACUCAGGCCCAGACACGGCAAGCCAGCGCUCUGAUUGAUCGGCCCGCUCCCCACUUUGAACGAUCCACUAGCAAGAGAUACCUUCUUUCACGCAGUCUAGAUGGAGGUUAGAACACUUUUGUUUUCCUCUACUUUGCCUUUUGCUCUGGCAGAAUU